GUGACACUUCUUGUUCUCUUCUCACCAUCUUUGUUAGCAUGCUACAGGACGUUAGCUCAGUUAGCUCAGCAGCUAGCAGAGAGGAGAGCUGACAGAUCUGUGACGUGACUCUGGAACAUAUGAAUCUAUAAUCUAUCUAUAACCUGUCUGACGUCAUUCACCGCUCACAGCUCAUCUGGUGUGUCGUUAGUUUAACUCUGUUACGUUAUUAUUUACCGUCAGGUUAGCUCGUGACGUCAGAGUUAACGGUAGAGCUAACGUUAGCCAUGUUUACUGAACUGAACAGCAUCUUAAACACCAAACCGGACAGCGUCACUGAGGGAGAGUUCAUCCUGCUGUCAGACAGACGGAGUGACGCUUCUUUUCUCAUUCACCACUUCCUGUCUCUGUACCUGAGGGCUGGAUGCAGGGUGUGGUUCGUGGCUCUGGUGCAGUCCUUCAAUCACUACAGUGGGAUCAGUCAGAGACUGGGUGUCAGCCUGUCACAGGCUAAAGAGAAGGGUCAGCUGGUUUUCCUGGAGGGUCUGAAGGAGUCGCUGUCUGUUCUGAUUCCUCAAGAGACUGAAGCAGGAAGUGAGGUCAUGGACUUCCUCAGGGAUCCUGCUGCUGGUCUGAAGAGUCUGUACCAGUUUGUUGGCUCCAGUCUGACCAGUGGCGGCGGUGAUGAUGAUGAUGAUGAGGAGGGGCGGGGCUCCCCGGUGUUGCUGGUUGAUGACCUCAGCGUGCUGCUCAGUCUGGGUGUGAGCGUUGGAGACAUGUUGGACUUUAGUCACUACUGCAGGGCGACCGUCUGCUCCCAGCUGCAGGUCAGCACAUGUGUCAACUGUGGUGUGGUUUGUUUCCAGGUGGAGGUGUGUUGGAGGCUGAGACGAGGUGACGGACAGCACUCACAGAAGAAAGUCUUUCAAUAUAAAGUCCAUGAUAAAGGAGCGUCCUUCUUCGCUCCCGGGACGUCCAGUGCUGUCCUCUAGUCCCUCCUCUGUCCAUGUCUCAGUGUCAGUGUGAAGGAGGCGGAGCUGCCACAGAGAUACAGUGUGGACCUCAGACUGUCUGGAGGACGGACACAGCUGAUUGGCUGCGUCCUGACCUCUGAAGAGUCAGUGUGAUGAAGAGUUGAGCUGAAGGUUCGACUGCAGAUUCAUCUUCAGUCACAGCUUCAGUUCAGACAUCAGUUUCUUAUAUUUGUGACAUUAAUGGUCCUUCAGGAAAUUUUGGGCCCCAAAUUUUCUUCAUUUUAUGAAUUUUUUAUGAAUCCGUUUUUUUCAGUUUUGUGUUUCUGCCUCAGUUUGUGGAGGAAAUGUCUUAAAUUUCAUCAGAAUAAAACGUCCUCUGAUA